UUUAAAUGUUGUCCACAUGUGACCAGCUCAAACUAGUUUUUGGGAAACAAAGGACGGGGCCACAGGCACCAGAAAGCAUCGGACUGCUCAGCGUAGUGUGGCUAAAAGCGCAAGGAAGUUUGCGAUAAACAACUCAAGAUGCGGGGUCUAUUCCCAAUGUCUGCCGUGCUGCUUGUGGCCAUGAUGGUGGUGGCCACAGAAGCUGGAAAGAACAAGAAAGAAAAGGCCGCUAAGACUACCUCAGACUGCACAGAGUGGCAGUAUGGCAGCUGCAUGCCCAAUAUCGGGGACUGUGGAGUCGGAGUCCGUGUGGGGACCUGCAACGACCAGACCAAGAAGCUGAAGUGCAAGGUGCCGUGCAACUGGAAGAAGGACUUUGGCGCUGACUGCAAGUACAAGUUUGGAAGUUGGGGGGAGUGUGACGCAGCCACUGGGACCAAGAACCGGUCCGGGACGCUGAAGAAGGUUCUGUACAAUGCAGAAUGCCAGGCGACCAUUAAGGUGUCCAAACCCUGCCCUCCGAAAGCCAAGACAAACGCGAAAGCAGGGAAGAAAGGAAGAGGAAAAGAGGUGUAAUAGCUAGGAUAUCGAGACAUUUCUGGCAACCACAACAGUAUUGUGCUUGCCCCCCCCCCUCCCCAGCUGCCCCUCCACUUAGCCAAACUCUUUGAACUAUGCUCAUCAGGCCACACCAUCUCCUCAGAAAAAAAAACUCACAAACUGAGGGUUCUCAGAAUCUUCUAAAUGAAACACUAUUUGCAAUGUACAGAACUUUUUUUUGUUUUAUGUUUUGAUUGGUUUCUAGCAUCUAGGUGAUUCUGCAUGUAACCAAGGGAAAUCACGUUUCCCAGGCUUUGCUUAUGAAAAAUUCUUUAAAAGUAGUAUAUUUGUACAACUAGAUACCACAUCAUACAUCCAACACACAGUCCAGCUAUUUUCUAACACAAGUUAGUGCUCCUAAUAGAUUUUAAUUUCUUUUUUAAUGCGUUCUAAAUAUUAUACUUAGAGUGCCUGUGUCACCUCGGCUUUUAGUAGAACAAGGAAAAGGAAGUUCAACGCUUAGAAAGGGUAUAGCAUUAAAGGUAUAGCAUUAAAGGUAUAGCAUUAAAGGUAUAGCGUUUUCAAGGCUCGUGAAAAUAUUUUGAUAUUCAAAAAGAUGAUGGAGUCGGGUAGUCUUUUUUGCAUUGUAAUAUUUAAAGGUUGUUGGAAUAAAACUUCUGGGGGACCAAUACAAAGUAAUUAUGGAUUACUUUGCGCUUGAAAGUAUUUGCUUGUAAUAUAUACAAUGCGUCAGAUAAAACACUCAUUCACAAGAGCUGUAAACAGGAAAGACAAAUGAAAUGAAUAAACUUUCUUAAGACAAUCA